AAGUUUCUCAGAUUGCUCACUUCAGUAGACACACCCCCAUACCUCUUUAAAAGCCCCAUAUUUCCCAGUACUAUCCAUUUCAUUAGACAGACCUGGAGGUAUACCUAUCCACUCCAUCAAUAUGAUCUGGGUGGCAUUACUUUUAGGUCAGCUGCUUCUUGCAGUCGCAGUUCAGUCAAACUCCAAGGCUUACCUGCCAUUGGAUUGUGAUGACAUUUAUCGAUGUGACAACAAGAGCAACAGUGGGGUGUACACAAUCUACCCAGGAGGACCAACCACACCAUUGCAUGUCUACUGCGACAUGAAAACUGAUGGGGGGAGAUGGACUGUGUUUCUCAGGAGGGUUGAUGGGACAGAAAGCUUCUUUAGACCCUGGAAGCAUUAUAAGGCUGGCUUUGGGAAUAUAGCUGGAGAGUACUGGCUGGGCUUGGAAAACAUAUUGCUUUUGACAAUGAGGAAGGAGAAUGAGCUUCGUGUUGAUAUGGAGGACUGGGAGGGAGCAGAUGCUUCUGCUCAGUAUUCCACUUUUUCCAUCGACUCUGAGAAUAAUGGAUAUCAACUUCACCUGGGCAGCUUCACUGGAGGAACAGCAGGGGACAGUCUAUCCCAGCACAAAUCUAUGAAGUUCACUACUUUUGACAAAGACCAAGACGCGUGGGACAAAAACUGCGGCCAGCACUUUCUGGGAGGAUUCUGGUACAAUGCCUGCCACCAUACUAAUCCUACUGGGAUGUAUGCACCUCAUGGUGCCAUCGGGCAUGAUAAUGUUCAAGUGGUUUGGAAUGCUUGGAAGGGCUGGAAUUACUCCCUUAAAACUAUUGCAAUGAAGAUCAGACCAGUAGUCAAAUGUUCAUGCACACUUUAGCUUGUUUAGUUUUAGAUACACAAAAUAAUUUGAAAAUUACCUGGGAGUUUGGAUGUAGAUAUAGAAUUUCCUGGAUGCAUUUUGUAAAAAAUCCAAAAUACAAGCAGCGCAGAUAGCUUGAUGGGAGGGAAGGACGGACAGAAACAGCUGACCGCAGUGGUUAAGCAAGCAAUCCAUUUACAGAGGCUUUGUUCUUUGAUGUGGCCAUCACAGAUUGAAGUCUUGGCCUGGUGAUCUCCAUUGCAUGUCCUCCCCCUUCUCCCAAGUUUCAUUUCCUGUCUGCCUACCAUCAAAAAAUAAAGGUCAUGAUUACCUUUUAAAAAAAUGUUUGGAUCUCUCAUGCUUUUGGUUCUGUUUAAGUUUUCUCUUUUAGUUUUCAUUGGUUUUAUUUCCAUUUUAUGUUAUUCUAGGUAUUUGUGAUUUUAUUUGAGUUAUUACGUAUUUCUUGUUUGCCCCUUUGUUGCCCUCCUGUGUUAGUCUCCUUAACCCUAGCCCCCUACUAGAUCCCUCUGACCACACCUGCUCCCAAUCUGCUGAUUAGCCUGGUCUUUGUUUCUGUCUCCUAUUUAUACCCCCCUAGCUCAGUCGCUGUGCUGUUUCAGUCUUGUUCCUGAUCAUUGUUUAUUUUGCCUUGUGUGUGUUUUCCCUGAAGUCAUCGACCUCUUGUUUUUCUGAAUUUGUUAUUUUUGGAUUUUUGCCUCAGUUGCCACUCUUUUUGGAUAAAUAAAUCAGCAAGAAACCACUUAA